UAAGCGAUCAUUCAGAUUACGUUAGGCUGAGUUUAUAAAUAACACACACGUAGGCCUGUGAGUUUAUAGAGAACACACACACAAUAACCUCACGCAAGUGGACGUACUGUAGCGGUUGUAAAUAUCCUUUAUUUUCAAAAUGGUUGGCCGACGUGUCUGUGUUGUGCACUUCGAGGCCAUCAAUGCGAUCUUCCGACAAGAAAUGGAAAAUUUUCAACCAUGCAGCUGCAUUUCUGCAAGUGUUUUUAAAUUACUGCACGAGCUAACGGAGCCUCUAACGGAAUUAUUUAGCGAGGUUAGAUUAACGUUAGCUAGUCCAUCUCCAUCCAGAAGAAAAUUUCCUGGUCCACGGGGUUUUGCUGCAGGGCGAACAGGCCUGAUUUUCAGAUAAGGACCGAAAGGGAGGACUCUAAUUCGUAUCAGAGAACUGUCUCUGUAUGUCUUUAUGACACAGUAAUGCAUUGUCAUUUACAACAUGACUGCAAAGCAGAAUCCAUUCACGCGCCCAUUGUGUUUAUUCAAAGAUUCGCGGCAGUUUUUUUACCCGUUGAAUUAAUGCAAGAUCACGAAUCAAAUGACAGAAACGAUGCACCUGUGAGCGCUUUAAAUCGAGGGAAAAUAUGGACCCGGGAGGAUGGCGACGGGGGCGAACAGCGCCUUCAUCUCACCACAGUAAAUGUGAACGAAAUAAACCGAGAAGUGGGGCCAGACUAAAUAAGAGAUAUAUCGCUAAAUCUGUUCCGGAAGCUGUGGUUGACGAUCGUCAUUUGCGGCAGCCAAUUGCCGACCCCUCUGUUAAGAUCAAAACAGAAGGAGUGAAUUUAACUUUAGACCCGUCUGAAGCAGGGAUUGAUGACUUUCCUUUGGGAAAGGACAAAGAUGGCAAGAUUCGACGACCCAUGAAUGCCUUCUUGGUCUGGGCGAGAAUCCAUAGGCCCGGACUGACCAAGGCCAACCCGGCCGCCACGAGCCAGGAGAUCAGCGUCCAGAUGGGGGAAGAGUGGCGCAAGCUCUCGGAGGCACAGAAGAUUCCUUACUACGAGGAAGCCUUCAAACUCAGAAUCAAACACGAAAAGGAGUUUCCUGAUUGGGAGUACAAGCCAACCCCCAGGAAGAGGAAGCGUCGCGGUGGGGCGGUGUCCGCGAUGGCCGGUCCCGUGCAGGAGUACGGUUCUCCGUCUGCAGUCACACCUCCACAGGGCGCCAUGUUUAUCUCCUCUGCUAUGACCUGCACCGACAGCUCCACCUGCCAAACCCUGAGCCCAGGACACGGGGAGCACGCCGUACCCCACAUCACAUGGAGCCCUCUGAUAAUCCCCCAGACCACAGGCUCGGCUCCUCCCACUGCCCCGCCCCCCCGCCAGCCUGGCCCCGCCCCCUUCACCCUGUGGAGCGAGGGCAGUCCCGGGGGACCGGUGCCCGUCUUCCUGCCCACCUAUCCUGAGUCUGUUCUAGCUCCAGUGGGCGGAGCCAUGGGGCCUGUUCCCUACAGGGAGGAGGUCCGGCUGCAGCCGUCGUACUGCUCCCCCACCUCACGCGCCCCGCUCACAGACGAAGACACUGCGCACACACAACACACUCUCACUGCAGGACACGGGGAGCACGCCGUACCCCAGGUCACAUGGAGCCCUCUCAUAAUCCCCCAGGCCACCAGCUCGGCUCCUCCCAUCGCCCCGCCCGCCGGCCAGCCCGGCCCCGCCCCCUUCCCCUCAGGGCCCCAGUGGAGCGAGGGCACCCCUGGCAUGCCGGUGCCCGUCUUCAUGCCCACCUAUCCCGAGUCUGUUCUAGCUCCAGUGGGCGGUGCCAUGGGGCCUGUUCCCUACAGGGAGGAGGUCCGGCUGCAGCCAAUGUACUGCUCCCAGUCUCUGGAGCUGCCCCCUCCCUGCAUGACGUCCUGCUCCAGAGGCAUCCCAUUACCCCUGCCCAACCUGCACCACCCCCACAUGUACCCCCCCACCUCCCGGCCACACCCUGCCAGCCCCUACCCUCCCCCUCCCCCCGAGGCCACCUUCGUCCAGCUGGACCCUCCCAGCUCGUACGGUUACCCAGAAGGCCCGGCGGUGGCGGGCGGCGCGGACGCGGGCUGCGGCGAGCGCUACGCGGAGCAGUCGGCCAUGUUCUCGGCGCUGGAGAAGGUGUACGUGUUCCGCGGCUCCAUCUCGGAGACGGUGGGCUCGGCGCUGGAGAGCGCGUACAGCUGCACGCCGUCGGAGAGCGCCUGCCUCCUGGAGCUGCUCAAGCUGAUGGACGACGGCGAGGAGGCGGGGCCGAGCCUGACCGUCCUGUAGCGCCCUCCCACGCACGCGCUCAGUCCGUCACAUCGCCCGCCCACGCACACGCUCAGUCCGCCACACAUCACCCGCCCACGCACGCGCUCAGUCCGUCACACACCGCCCGCCCACGCACGCGCUCAGUCUGUCACACAUCACCCGCCCACGCACACGCUCAGUCUGUCACACAUCACCCGCCCACGCACAUGCUCAGUCCACCACACACCGCCCGCCCACGCACGCGCUUAGUCCACCACACAUCACCCGCCUACGCACACGCUCAGUCGGUCACACAUCACCCGCCCACGCACACGCUCAGUCGGUCACACAUCACCCGCCCACGCACGCGCUCAGUCUGUCACACAUCACCCACGCACGCACGCGCUCAGUCCGUCACACACAACCACAUAGUCACACACAGUCUGUCCCACGUGAAUGCAUAUUCACACACACAGUGUACACAAUAAUAUACUCUCACAGAGCAGAGAAGCCCUAAACACUCUUCGAUGAUUCACUCCCAUAAUUCACUGCAUGUUAAAGGCUUUUUAAUUUAUUUUCCUCUUCGGAUUCCUCCAGAAGUUGAAUUUGUGAAAUUUGAUUAUUUAAUAACUGCAGACAGGCUAUUAAAAUAUCAACACUGACAUACGUGUGUAUGUGAUAACAAUAAACGGAUUGUGAACAACACAAAAGUACAGCAAUACAUGAGGUGUAAGUGUUUAGUGUGUGGAGAAACAUCUCCCUAAAUGCUGUGUUUUCAGACCAGACAGACAAAGAACAUGUUAACUCUGCCUGGACCAACACAGAUUAAGCACCAGCAUCCUAGAACCCACAGUCAGCUACAGAAUUUUCGUUAACUCACUGGGAACUUAGCAAACAAAUGCAUUUGCAAAAUAUGCGCAUUAUUUAUCAAACAUGUGAAGUGAUUUAGCGCAGAGGAUAGUGAUUUUUAUUGAGAUUUAUGUUUUUUGUGUGAAAAUAUUACAGUAAUUUAUGCUGCUCAGGCUACAAAACUAGGCUGGUAUCAACAGGAAGAGCAAAAGAAAGAGAAACCGUGAAUUUUAAAAGUUUAUUCUGAUUUAAGUACAGAAGGCACAAUGCAUCAGACAGCCUGUUUUUUGCAUAGGUCGAGAGCUCAUCGGUUUAACUGGCACUGCUUCGUAUGAUGCAGUCCUACACCUACAGUACAUACAGUCAUAAAAAAUAAA